AUGGAAAACUUCGGGCCAGUCAGCAUGGCAUUGAUAAUAUUCGGGGUCUCAUUUGCUCCCAGCUUACUUCCUUCUGUACUUCUUGCUUCUAAAAGGCUUAAAAAUAUCUAUGACAAGGCAAGCAUAGUAUCUGCUGGUCUAUUACUAGCCAUUUUAUUCGUUGACUUCAUGCCGCACUUGGUGAAUGGAGGGUGCAGUCACACGCAUGAAGUAAAUCAUGAAGCACCAGGCAUUGGGGCAGUCAUAGGACACACCCACAGUCACUCACAUGGACACGGGUGCAGUCACUCACACGGUAAUGGGUGGGAGGAAAAAGUCAGAGCAUUUAAUCCGGGUCUUGUCAUAGCAGGACUCACUUUGAUCAGUCUUAUAAUUAUAGACCAAAGGGUAAUAAAGCACGCACAUUGCAACAAGGAAAGAACCCCUGAGAAAGCUGAAUCUGGUGAGAUUUUACAUUCACAUUCCCAUGUAGAUGUACACGCAGGACACUCACACGGGACAGUUAGACACGAAGGACACCCUCAUGUGGAGCACUUGCAUGCCUCUGAGCUAAAUAAUAUUCUGGCAGAAAGACAAGUUGAAGAGACAGAGAAGAGUGCACAUGAGAUAAAGGGCUGCUGUACGGAUGGCUUGAAAUAUAAGACAACCGUAAAGCAAGCACUCAUUUUUAUCUUUAUAUUCUCUAUUCACUCCAUAUUUGAAGGAUUUGCAUUUACGCCUGGACAAAAGGGCACUUCUACUCUGUUCAUUGGCCUGGCAGUCCAUAAGGUCCUGGAGUCUAUUACAGUGGGAAUUGCCUUGUUCUCUUCUCAGUUCAGUAAGAAGGUGGCUGUAGGUCUAUUAUUUGUGUACUCUUCCCUUACACCAAUUGGUAUGGUAUCUGCAUAUCUUAUCUCACACGUGAUUAACUCAUGGAUUAUCCGAGAUAUUUUCAAUGGGAUAUCCUUUGGGAGUCUGUCAUUUAUUGUCUUAGUGGAGAUGCUUCCUCCAAUUGUGCACUCACUAACGACAGGCAUGAAAAUAUUCUACCUUCUGUGCGGAUACGCAGUUGGUGCAGUGUUCAUUAGCAUGGCACAUGCCCAUUAA